AUGGUGGAGUGGUACUGUAUUCAAAAGGUUUUAAAUGAUUAUGAACAAGCCUCGGGACAGAAGUUGAAUAGGGGUAAGACAUCCAUUUUCUUCAGUCGUAACACUGCUAUGGAUAUCCGAACACAAAUUAUGUCGGUUGCGGGAAUAAAUUUCACACAACGGUAUGAGAAGUAUUUGGGACUACCGGCGAUUAUAGGUCGCUCUAAAGUGUCUUCCUUGUCCGGUAUAAAAGGGCGCAUAUGGGAUAAAAUGCAAGGUUGGAAAGAGAAGUUUCUUUCGCAUGCAUGGAAAGAGAUUUUACUGAAGCCGGUGGUGCAAGCGAUUCUGACAUACACCAUGAGUGUUUUCUUACUCCCCAAAACUCUAUGCAAUGAGAUCAAUUCAAUGAUGUCAAAAUUUUGGUGGGGGCAUAAAGAAAAUGACAAGAAGGUGGCGUGGAUUAGUUGGGAAAAAAUGGGCAAAGCAAAGGAGAAAGGAGGGAUGGGUUUCCCAGAUUUAGAAUGUUUUAACCUUGCUCUACUUGCCAAGCAAGGAUGGCGCCUCACUCAGAACCCCACUUCUCUUGUUGCUAGAAUCUUACAAGAGAAAUAUCAUCUGAAUUGCACUUUUUUAGAAGCCCCUUUAAGUAAGAAGUCAUCAUAUGUUUGGAGGAGCAUUUGGCAUGCGAAGAAUCUGCUUAAAGAAGGAUUGGUGUAG